UGUGUCUUAGAACACUGAAGUUCUCCGGAAGAUGGGGAAGCACACAGGGAUUAGCUCGGAGUGUGCCGUUCCGACAGAUAGCAGGGAUUUAAUUCCAAUUCAAAAAUGGAAGUCAAUUAACGCUCAGGUGGUUAUUGGGACUCCUGGCACCAUCAAAAAGUGGAUUUCUUUCAAGAAUUUGAACCUGACCAGAUUGAUGAUUCUUGUCUUUGAUGAGGCUGAUCAAAUGCUUGCUGAGGAUGGUUUUAAGGAUGAUUCCUUGAGGAUAAUGAAAGAAAUAGAAAAAUUCAAUUCUAGCUGCCAGGUUCUUCUAUUUUCUGCCACAUUCAAUGACAUUGUCAAGAACUUUGUUGAGAGGACAGUUAAAAAGGACCAUAAUAAACUUUUUGUUAAGAAAGAAGAGCUUUCUUUAGAUGCUGUGAAGCAGUAUAAAGUGCACUGCCCUGAUAAGUUGUCAAAGAUUGAGGUGAUAAAAGAUUACAUAUUCAAAUUACAGUAUCUGAAGCUAAUUCAAAUAUUCAGGAAAGAGCCAAGGCUUUGGAAGUUAUCCAAUGAUGGAAAGUUGGACACUGAGUCAGACUCAGGUGAAUUUUGGGUUCUCUUUGGUGGUUUUGCUCCAAUUGGAAAGAAAGUAGUUAGUGAUGAUGAUAUCAUUCCUGAGACAACUCCUGGCCAACUCUUUAGAAUCAUUUCUGAAUUAUUUUGUGCUAUUUAA